UCUAGGGAACAGCAGUGCUUCUCUGUGGCCGAUGGAGGCGGCGCUCUAGCCGGCCUGUGUGCUGGGAGAAUUCUCAGUGGUGCGGCCGGCGGGCAGCGAUGGCGGCCGUGCGCGGCCUGCGAGUGUCGGUGAAGGCAGAGGCCCCCGUGGGUGCAGCUCUGGGGCUUCCGUCGCCUGAAGUGGAGUCCGGCUUGGAGCGUGGUGAGCCGGAGCCCAUGGAAGUGGAAGAGGGCGAGCUAGAGAUCGUGCCGGUGCGGCGCUCUCUAAAGGAACUGAUCCCGGACACAAGCAGAAGAUAUGAAAACAAGGCUGGCAGCUUCAUCACUGGAAUUGAUGUCACCUCCAAGGAAGCAAUUGAAAAGAAAGAACAGCGAGCAAAGCGCUUCCAUUUUCGAUCAGAAGUAAAUCUUGCCCAGAGAAAUGUAGCUUUGGACCGAGAUAUGAUGAAGAAAGCAAUUCCCAAAGUGAGGCUGGAGACCAUCUAUAUUUGUGGAGUAGAUGAGAUGAGUACCCAGGAUAUCUUUUCCUAUUUUAAAGAAUAUCCUCCAGCUCAUAUUGAAUGGUUGGAUGAUACCUCCUGUAAUGUGGUUUGGCUGGAUGAAAUGACAGCCACACGAGCCCUUAUCAAUAUGAGCUCCCUGCCAGCCCAGGAUAAGAUAAGAAGCAGGGACGCCAGUGAAGAUAAAUCAUCUGAGAAAAGUAAAAAAGACAAACAGGAAGACAGUUCUGAUGAUGAGGAGGCUGAAGAAGGAGAAGUUGAAGACGAGAACCCAAGUGACGUAGAGUUGGACACAUUGUCUCAAGUAGAAGAAGAGUCUCUGUUAAGAAAUGACCUUCGUCCAGCUAACAAGCUUGCUAAAGGAAAUAGGUUAUUCAUGAGAUUUGCUACGAAAGAUGACAAAAAGGAACUUGGAGCAGCCAGGAGAAGUCAGUAUUACAUGAAAUAUGGGAAUCCAAAUUAUGGAGGCAUGAAAGGAAUUCUUAGCAAUUCUUGGAAGCGAAGAUAUCAUUCCCGUCGCAUUCAGCGGGAUGUGAUUAAGAAGAGAGCCCUGAUUGGGGAUGAUGUUGGCUUGACGUCAUAUAAGCACCGACAUUCUGGAUUAGUGAAUGUUCCUGAGGAACCCAUUGAGGAGGAAGAAGAGGAGGAGGAGGAAGAAGACCAAGACAUGGAUGCAGAUGACAGGGUGGUGGUAGAAUACCAUGAGGAGCUUCCAGCUCUCAAGCAGACCCGGGAGCGGAGCAUGUCUAGGCGGUCCAGCGCCAGCAGCUCAGACUCAGAUGAAAUGGACUAUGAUCUAGAACUGAAAAUGAUUUCUACUCCCUCACCAAAGAAAAGCAUGAAAAUGACUAUGUAUGCUGAUGAAGUCGAAUCUCAGUUGAAAAAUAUAAGGAACUCCAUGAGAGCAGAUAGUAUAUCCUCAAGUAAUAUCAAAAACCGAAUUGGUAACAAAUUGCCACCUGAGAAAUUUUCAGAUGUCCGACACCUCUUAGAUGAAAAACGUCAAUACUCACGUCCACGGCCACCAGUCAGCAAUACUAAAUCAGAUAUACGCCAGCGGUUAGGAAAAAGACCAUAUUCUCCAGAGAAGGCUUUUAGUAGUAUCCCAGUGGUCCGGAGAGAGCCCUCUUCAGAUGUACAUAGUAGACUAGGUGUUCCCAGGCAAGACAUUAAAGGCCUCUACUCUGAUACUCGGGAGAAGAAAUCAGGUAGCUUAUGGACUCGUUUAGGAUCUACACCCAAGACCAAAGAGAAGAAUACGAAGAAAGUGGAUCAUAGGGCGCCUGGCAUGGAGGAAGAUGACUCUGAGCUGCAAAGGGCAUGGGGGGCUCUGAUAAAGGAGAAAGAACAGUCUCGCCAAAAGAAGAGCCGGUUAGAUAACUUACCAUCUCUCCAGAUUGAAGUUAGUCGGGAAAGCAGCUCUGGUUCAGAGGCAGAAUCCUGAUGUCCCCAGGGCCUCUGGCAGCUGCCCUAAGGCUUAACACUUUUGCACAGGGUGGGGUGCAGUAGGAACCUCCCCUGCUGGAGUUGGUGCCCCUCCCGUUCCUACUCAUACAGUCUCCCUCAGCUCUUGCUGCUUUAGCAAGACACCUUAAGAAUGUGACCAGUUUUGAAGGGCAUCUCUCUUUUGCUGCAGUUAUAGUUCUGGGCCCUCAAUUCUUUUCCCACCACCCCACAAGCUUUAUCCUUUGAGAAAAAGGCAGCCCUCCAGAUUUUGUAGACAUUUUUCUUAAUAUUUUUAACAUUGUGUCUUUUAAAAGAAAUGUUUUACACAGUUCAUCCAAAGAGCAGAGAACUGAACUUCUCACUAUUGCCUUGGCCCUGACAGCUGUUACCAGCACCCUUUUCCCAAGAAAAGUCAAUUCCCAGGUGCUUAUCGGACAGACUUCGAGGGGGAAGAUGAGGGAAGCUGCCAGCUCGCC